UGAGUAGUAGUAGUAGUUCAGUUCACCUAUGGCCGGCCAUGGGACGCAAGAGAUGGAGUGUUGCUUCGUAGUGCCCAGCGAGAAGACGCCGAAGCAUGUCCUCUGGCUUUCUCCCCUCGACAUCGUCUUGGCCAACAGAGGAGCCCUCACCCCGCUCGUGCACUUCUACCGCCGCCGCCAUGAUGCCGCCGGCGGCGGCGGCGGCUUCUUCGACGUGGGCAGGCUCAAGGAGGCUCUGGCCAAGGCGCUGGUGGCCUUCUACCCCCUCGCCGGCCGCUUCCGCGUCGGCGGCGACGGCCGGCCCGAGAUUGACUGCAACGCCGAUGGCGUCUUCUUUGCGGUGGCUCGGUCGGAGCUCGCCGUCGAUGACAUCUUGACUGAUCUCAAGCCGUCGCCGGAGUUGAAGAGGCUGUUCAUCCCCCGUACUGAGCCGCCGUCUGCCGUGCUCGCCGUACAGGUGACCUUCUUGAGAUGGGGCGGUAUAGUGUUAGGGACGGCGAUGCACCAUGCCGCCGUCGACGGCCAUAGCAUGUUCCACUUCUUGCAAACAUGGGCUGCUUUCUGCCGGGACGGCGACGCCGCCGUGGUGGAGCUGCCCUGCCACGACCGCGCCCUCCUCCGCGCGCGCCCCCGGCUCGCCAUCCACCCUGACGCCUCCUCCGUGUUCUGCCCCAAGCUAAACCUCCGUCCGCCGUCGGCGUCGGGCUCGGGCCUCAUCUCCGCCAAGAUCUUCUCCAUCUCCAACGACCAGAUCGCCACCCUCAAGCGGAUCUGCGGCGGCGGCGCGAGCACCUUCAGCGCCGUGACCGCCCUUGUGUGGCAGUGCGCCUGCGUCGCACGCCGGCUGCCGCUGUGCUCCCAGACGCUCGUCCGCUUCCCCGUGAACAUCCGCCGGCGCAUGAGGCCACCCCUCCCGGACCGCUACUUCGGCAACGCGCUCGUCGAGGUGUUCGCCGCCGCCGCGGUGGAGGACAUCGUAUCGGGGACGCUGGCCGCCAUCGCCGCCCGAAUUAAGGGCGUGAUUGGCCGCCUAAACGACGACGAGAUGCUGCGGUCGGCGAUCGACUACAACGAGAUGGCGGGGAUGCCCGAUCGUCCGGACAAUGGCAGCCUGCCGGAGACGGAGCUGCGGGUGGUGAGCUGGCUGGGCAUUCCGCUGUACGACGCGGUGGACUUCGGGUGGGGGAAGCCAUGGGCGAUGUCCCGUGCGGAGUCAUUGCGCGGAGGGUUCUUCUACGUGAUGGACGGCGGGGCAGCGGAUGGUGACGGCGGGGACGCCGCCGCCGUGCGGGUGCUCAUGUGUAUGGAGGCUGCAAAUGUGGAGGAGUUCGAGCGAUUGCUUCGUGCCAAGUUUGUGUACCCGAGGAUUUGAUUUAGCAUGUGUCGGUUGGCUUUGUUGGAGUCUCUCUUCUCUGUGUUGUGUAAGCGCAUAUUUAUUGGGACUAGCUACACAAUUUAUGACAGAAAAUCCCACGUUGCAUCUUGAAAUUCUAGACCGUUGGGUUGGCUUUAA